AUGAAACACGAGCAGACGGAGCUGGCGGUGGCUUCGGAGGGCAGCGGUGGAGACAAGAGCUCUGUGAUGUUCCAGCAGCAAAUUAAAUCACUUCAAUCUCUCCUGGCCAGCUGUGACGCCUUCAGACUGGGCUCGUCGCAGCAGCGCGUCAUCCCGCUCAGCGCCCCGGUGGCCCGCCUGCUGCAGGACGAGGGCCAAGCCCGGGCCUCACGCUUCGUCCAGGAGCUGGUCCGAGCCAAGCGCCACUCGGUCCACGAGCUGGUGCGGGCCCAGCCCCACCUGGUCCACGACAUGGGCUGGCCCGAGAUCCACGAGACGUCCCGCUCGCAGGGCAAGACGGAGUCGGUCAACUCGUCGCAGCUGAACGCUCCGGCGAGGACCAGCGCCGCCGCCAACGACAACCUGGACGUGGAGGACGAGAUGGAGCGGAUGGUUCAUCUGGCGGUUCCCCAGGAUGCCGGAGGCUUCGGGGGGCAGUCGGACGCCGCUGACCCAGAGACGGAGCUCCUUGGUGGGCCAGGAGCUGCCGACGCCUCCCAGGAGGCUUCCGGCUUCUACGGGACGGACCUGGAGGACCGAGACAGAGGAGAGGAGCGGGAGAGGCGGGGCGGGGAGGAAGAGGAAGAGGAAGAAGAGAAGGACGAGGAUGACGUCCUGGAAGCCUCGGAGGGAAACCACACGACGCCGGACCUGGACUCUCUGAUCGGCUACAGUCCGUCCUUCCACCCGUCCAGCUCCCAGGAGCCCAGCGUCUCCUUCCCGGCCGAGGGGCACGAUCCUGGGCUGCAGGAGCAUCGAGCGUCCCCCGUCCUGGAGGUUGGUCCCUUAGAGAGGGAGCUGUGGGAGGCGGAGGGGGAGGAAGACGUCCAGUCCAGCGGUUACGGAGUCCCUCGUCCCUCCAUCACAACCGCCAGAACCACAUCUGCUGCCACGGCGACGUCCACCGCCGCCGCCGACGGAGACGCCGCGGGAACCGCAACGCCUGAGACCGACACCGGAACCGACUUCGGGCUGCUGGGAAGCUACACAAAAGACGUGACGGAGGACGAGGAGGCGGAGAGGAAGGAGGUAGAGGAAGAGGAGGAGGAGGAGGCGGGUCUGACGCACCUGGACGCCUUCACCCAGAACCCCACGGCGCCGGAGGUGGGCUUGGCUCCCAGCAGGGAACCUCUGCAGCCCAGCGUGGAGGAAGAGGAGGAGCAUGGCGAGUCCAAAGUCCUGAAGGGAAAACUUCCGCCUCAAAUGAAAGACGGCAGCGAGGAGGUGGACGAGGAGGAGAUGGCGGCGACGGAGAAAACUAAACUCGUCCCGCUCACCACCGAUGCCUCUCUGAGUGUCGGCGUCACCUACGACGACCUCAGUGGGAUGGAGAAGAACCAGCAGGUGGUUUGCAUCGACUGGAGCGAGCUGACCGGACGCGGCUACGUCGUCCUGAACAUGACGCAGAACAUGAACUGCGAGGAGUUUCGAGUCUGUCAGGGCGUCCAGCUGUUGAAGGUGCUGGAGCGAGUGUUUGCCCGGAGACUGAACAGCCCCGAGGGAUCGUGGGUGAUCUACCUGAGCAAGCCGACGCACCAGCAGCACCAGCUGCUGAUGAACGUGGCGUCUGAGCGCGGUGUGAUCGCGACCAAGGACGUGCUGAGGAUGCUGGGAGAGAUCAGGAAGAGUCUCGAGAAGAUGGGCAUCGAGAGCUACAGCGCAGCCAGCACCUGCCAGUCUCGGCCCAGUCAGACUCGCAGCGACUACGGCAAACUGUUCGUGGUUCUGGUGAUCAUCGGCUCCGUCUGCAUGGUCAUCAUCACGUCUGGAUUCAUCUACAUCUGCUGGCAGAGACGACUGCCCGCCACCAAGACCACCUUUCGCGCCGAGGAGCUUCACUUCGUGGAGAACGGUUGCCACGACAACCCGACGCUGGACGUGACCAAUGACGGCCACCCGGAGAUGCGCGAGAAGAAGCCGAGCACCAAUGGGCUCGCAGGGGGCGGAGAAGGAGGCGGGGAGGAGGGCAGUCGCUGGCAGGUGUUUGUCAAUCAGGCGGCGACGGAGGAGGAGGAAGAGGAGCAGGACACACAUCUCUGAUCGACGAAGAGGCGAGGCGUGUUUUUAUGGACAGAUGGAGGAACGAGGAAGACGACGGGAUGGAAGCGGAGAAAAAUGAAGGAAAAGUUUGUUGAUGGAAGACGUGUUGUCCGGUCGGAGUUAGACGAGGAGCUCAGCAGGAGGAGUCACUGACGUCAUUCUGGAUAUCAGACGCUCAAAUCUUUUUGAUAGAGUUCAAAAAGUUGAGACAAAAAUGAGAAUUUAAUUUAAGAAAUCGAAACCCCAGCUCGAUAUCGGCUCCUGUGCCCAUCACAUGCAUACGUUUAGCCCUGUGCCUUAGCUCUGUAGACAAUUUAAACCGGAGACAAAUCGUGGCGCGAAGCACCUUUUCCCACCUUUAAAGUUUGAAUGUAGAGGAGCUUUAAUGUCAUGAAUUAAGUGAAACAACAUGAAUAACAUGCAACUGCUAAUAGCCACAAAUUUAUUUUAGUAUUUUUUGAAUUUUUAGAUCAAAACACCCUUAAAACACAUUCGCUAAUUCAUUGUAUUUUUUUUUGCAUUUUUACCCCUUUUUAUUUAACAGGUAAAACGGUUAAAUUCAAGUUUAAUUUGUAAAAUUAGACAAAAUUAACAACAAUUAGCAGAAUUUUGUAAAAGUAGCCUCAAAUAAAAUGUUCACAGCUUAAAGUAGAUAUCCAAGAAGUUUGAUUACCGGUGGUGGAAUGUAAUUGAGUAUAUUUAGUUUAGCUACAGAUUAAUAUUUUGCGUAUAAAACCCAUCGCAAUCUUAAAAAAUACACUAUGACAGAACAAAACUACUCAACAGUGUUCAACAUCGUCAAAAAUUAUACGACAGUAAAAUUACAUUUUAUUGCCUAAAAAUGUAAUAUUGGGCUAUUUUCUAGUAAUACUACAAUCACUGAAGUGGUGGAAUGUAACCGAGUAUAUUUAGUUUAGCUACAGAUUAAUAUUUUGCUAUCAUGAGCCUAGAAAAUUCAUUUUUAUAGCUAAAGCUACCCAACAGCCUACAAAAUCGUCAAAAGUUGCACCAAAAA